GGGGGCACGCCCGUGCGCGCGCAGGGGAGAGGCCAGCCCAGGCGGCCGUUGUCGGGUUCGGCUGCAGGGGCGGGAGAGUCACCUGCGAGUGGCUGCUUUGGCAGCCGGCCCGCCCGCACGCCGCGUCUGGAUCGCGCCGGCUGCGCGGGGCCGCGGACCGCACACACCCUGGGAGGCCCGGGGCGGGGGAACAGGCAGAGUCUGUGCCCCGCGUCCGCGACUAAGAGGAAUCGGACUUCGCCGUCACCGCCCGCGCCCGUCUGGGCUAUUAGGAGAAGAUGGUGGAUCGCUUGGCAAACAGUGAAGCAAACACUAGACGUAUAAGUAUAGUGGAAAAUUGUUUUGGAGCAGCGGGUCAGCCCUUAACUAUACCUGGACGGGUUCUUAUUGGAGAAGGAGUAUUGACUAAGUUGUGCAGAAAAAAGCCCAAAGCAAGGCAGUUUUUCUUAUUUAAUGAUAUUCUAGUAUAUGGCAAUAUUGUCAUCCAGAAGAAAAAAUAUAACAAACAACAUAUUAUUCCCUUGGAAAAUGUCACUAUUGAUUCCAUCAAAGAUGAGGGAGACUUAAGGAAUGGAUGGCUUAUCAAGACACCAACUAAAUCAUUUGCAGUUUAUGCUGCCACUGCUACUGAGAAAUCAGAAUGGAUGAAUCACAUAAACAAAUGUGUUACUGAUUUACUCUCCAAAAGUGGGAAGACACCCAGUAACGAACAUGCUGCUGUCUGGGUUCCUGACUCUGAGGCAACUGUAUGUAUGCGUUGUCAGAAAGCAAAAUUCACACCUGUUAAUCGUCGUCACCAUUGCCGCAAAUGUGGUUUUGUUGUCUGUGGACCCUGCUCUGAAAAGAGAUUUCUUCUUCCCAGCCAGUCCUCUAAGCCUGUGCGGAUUUGUGACUUCUGCUAUGCCCUGCUUUCUACUGGGGACAUGGCCACAUGCCAGCCUACUAGAUCAGACUCUUAUGGUCAAUCCUUGAAGUCCUCUUUAAAUGAUGUAUCUGAUGAUGAUGAUGAUGAUGAUAGCAGUGACUAAGGACAUGUUUUGCAAUAUUUAAUUGGGUUUGACUAUUUGAGAAAUCAACUUUGGGGGAAAUGUAAAGUUCUGAGCUGUGUCUCAAUUUUGCUCUAGCCAUGAAUUUGCCUGAGAAACUUGUAACCUAUGUGCCUCAAUAUAUUCUUAGAAAGUAGUUUCCCCUGCCUUUUCCCCCUCCUUGCACUCUUCUACAGGGAUAGACUUUUGCAAAUAUAUCAGAUACAUUUUUGUUUCUUUUCUUUUUUUUUUUUUUUGUUUUUUGUUUUUGCAGUUUUUGGCUGGGGUGGAUUUGAACCCACCACCUCUGGUAUGUAUAUGGAGCCUAUGCCCCUACUCCUUGAGCCACUCCUACAUUUUUGUUUCAUGUUUAUUUCUAGAUUAUUUUCUUGGAAGUUUGGGGAAAGUUUAUUAACAGAUCAUGUACUACAUUGUUAUUUUCAUUUGUUAUAUGGAAAAACUAAAAGCACACAGUGAUGGGGAAAGGAGUGUAAUGUGGUUAGUUAAUGCUGUCAUUAGCGUUUGUCUAACCAUCAGAUCUAAUGGUUAAGACACCAGUAACAAAAAUACGUGAUUUGGAAAUUCUUUGUUUGGCUUUUUCAUAUACCUAGUGGUGCCUUAUCAUAAUAGCACUGUUACACAAAAUAAGUCCUACCUUCUCAUUUUUUGGUUUGUUUAAAAAAUAUACUGGUGCUCUUUUAAGUGAUAAAAUGAGUGUUUAUGACUGGAUAUAAUUAGGAAAUACUUGGCCAUCUUAUAGCUACAAAUAACUAAUAAUGUUCAUUCUAUCACUUUUUGGCCUUUUGGUUAAGAUCAAGUGAGGUAUUUUCAUUCUAUAUGAAUACAUAUUUUUCCAUUUGAUUAUAUUUUUAGGUUUUAUGGGUCUCAGAUUAUAAAUUUCAAAUAUAUAUUUUAAAUUAAUAGCUUGUCAUUCUUAGGAAUUCAGUUUGAAAAUUAUAGAAUUGUCAUAUUGCAUUAGCUUUUACUUUUAGUUAAUACAGUUUUAGAUACAAAUUCAUCUGCUGUAACAUUAUUUCAAGAAUGAAAAUCUUCCUAUAAAACCCGUGAAAAUAAUCUCUUUAAACAAAAUCCCAUGAUAGAGCACAAAUUUACUUAGGUUUAAAGAUUUGGAGGAAAUAAUACGUUAAGUCUGACUAGACUUCAUAUCUGAUUGUCUAUUUCAGUGUGAAACUAGCUUGAAUUUACAAAUAUAGUGUUAUAUUUUGUAAAGUUUUGUAAAGUCCCAAAUAGUAUUUCUAUUUUUGUAAAACAUUUGUAUGUAUAAUCUGUUUCUGAAAUAAUUUUGCAAUCUAUGGAAAUAGAGUAGCAAUUGAUAUAUCUAAAUUGUGAACUUUAAGUCAGUCUAGCUUUGGUUUUGAGAAGUGGAAAUUUUUCAAUCUUUGCUGUUGAAGCAGCCGUUAGGAUGAAAGUAUAUUUCUCAUAUAAAACUUGAUAUGUUUUGCACUACUCUCCAUUGGUAUGCUGCAAAUAACUACCGUCUUUGAAAUAUGGAAAAUCAACAGUUUAAAGUUUCAUUUAAAUUCUCAAUUUAAGACAAAUCUCUAAAUUUGGAUAUACUGCAACUUCUGAUGGAGGAUUCUUUGGUAUCUUAUUACUGUUUGGUUAAGGCACUAAUUUUAUUUUACUGCUAAAUUUUGAAAGCACGUGAGAUAUAUAGAUCUCCCUGUAGGAAUGUAAAAGAAAAGCACAAUGGGACUAUGAUAUUUUGGGGUUUUUUCCCCCCAAUAUCAUAUAUGGGCCUUUGUGUCUAAGCAAUAUAUACAUAUAAUCAGUCAACAUAUCUGAAAAGGGCCGUGGAACCUGAGAAAUGCUAAUGGAGAUUUGCUGGUUCUUAGGAAACUAGCAAAUUCAGGAACUAAGGGGGAAUGUUCUGAGAUAACAUUUGCAUUGUCAAUGUCUGUGUCAACCUCUGUUGAUUGUUUCUACAAUAAAAAGUAUUUUACAACUUACCUUCUGUUCUCUGUAUAUUAUGACUCGCAGAUUUCCCUGCCUUUGCUAAGAUAAUAAAGAUAUGUAUGUUUUUCCUCAUUA